GAAUUGUAAUUCCAUUUAUACUCAGGCCAGUCGAGUAGAAUAUAUCCACCAACCAAACAAUGCCACUAAUUUGAAAAUCCCGUAAUGUUUGACUACACUUUACGGUUCAACGCCUGUCUCUCUUCUUCCCCUACACACCACCUCUUGUUUUGCCCUUCCCUCUCUGAGAUAAAAUCAUGUUACUGUACAAAACGACAUCGUUGAACACCCUCCUCUCUCGUUAUCCGACCCGUCUCCAUAGCUACAACGCCAACGGACCAAUGUUCUUCCCCAAAAAUUCCUCACUUCGUCUCUCCAAAGAGUCAAAACCACCAUUCGCUGGUAUUAAUUAUAAGCUCACCGGCGGUCACAGAAGCGUUAAUCACCAACACUCACUCAAAAUCCCUAAUUUCACCGUUCGCGCGUCAAAUGAAAACCCGAAACCUCACGUCGCAGCCUCUAACAACAUCAGGAAACAGUUAAUUCUUAUUUGCUCUGCAAUUACCGUUACAUUGGCCGUCGCAAACCGCGUUCUCUAUAAGCUCGCUCUGGUUCCUAUGAAACAGUACCCUUUCUUCUUAGCACAAUUCACCACUUUCGGGUAUGUGAUGAUUUACUUUUCGAUAUUGUUUGCACGGUACCGUUUAGGAAUUGUAAGCGAUGAGAUGAUUGCUCUUCCAAAAUCACGGUUUGUUGUUAUUGGUAUUUUAGAAGCACUUGGACUCGCAACGGGAAUGGCUGCUGCUGCUAUGCUUCCUGGACCUUCUAUUCCUAUUCUGAGCCAGGUGCCUUUUCACUCCCCCUUGUACAGGAAAACAUUUUUGGUGUGGCAGCUGUCAUUCUCUGCCCUUAUCUUGGGAAGAAGGUACUCAUUUAAUCAAAUUAGUGGCUGCCUGCUUGUAGCCAUUGGUGUAGUGGUGGCUGUUGCAAGUGGAUCCAAUGCUGAUCAGAUGCUUUCUGGAGUAGAGUUCAUCUGGCCAGCUGUAAUGAUAAUAUCAAGCGCUUUUCAAGCUGGAGCAUCUAUUAUAAAGGAAUUCAUAUUCAUUGAUGCUGCAAAAUGCCUCAAGGGAAAGUCACUUGACAUAUUUGUUGUCAAUUCUUUUGGUUCUGGAUUUCAGGCUCUCUUUGUGCUCCUAUUUCUACCUUUCCUCUCAAACUUGAAAGGGAUACCAUUUGCACAACUUCCUUUAUAUCUGAAAAGUGGUGCUGGCUGCUUUGUAAACACUGGAGGAAAUACACCAGGCUGCGAUGGAGCUCCAUGGCUUCCACUGCUUUACAUAGCUACUAAUAUGGCUUUCAACAUAUCAUUGCUCAAUCUAGUGAAAAUUUCUUCUGCAGUUGUUUCCUCGCUUGCUGUAAUGUUAUCAGUGCCGAUAUCAAUUUAUGUUUUAUCUCUUCCAUUGCCAUAUCUUCCUGAGGGUACAAGUUUGAGCCCCCUUUUUAUGCUCGGCAGCGUGAUUCUUGUCUCGGGUCUUGUUCUGUACAAUGUAGCACAGCCUGCCAAGCAAGCUUCAAGUUAGCUUAACUUACAGUUUCAUUUCAAAGUUUACGAUUCUGUAUAAAUAUCAGUGUUAUUUUUUGGGAAAAAAAAAAAAAUCACAAUGUUAUUCUCUUCCCUGGAAGUUGAGGGAUGACUAAUUUUGGGGCAACGAUUGCUCUGCCUGCACAAGGUCUCAUAAUGAAAAUCAAUAUCCAAGGAUCAUUUUGUCAUUGAAUUUGA